AUGAGCACACCUUCACACAACCACCAUGAUGCCAAACACCCCUACAACUGGCCCAUCAGCCGCAAAUGGACCCUGACGGUCCUCGCCGCAUUCACCACCUUUAUCUCGAUGAUGAACGGGACAAUCAUUACAGUCGCCCAUUUUGAGAUAUCGGAGCAGUUCAACGUUGACGAGACGACUUUCCCGCACUCUUACUGGCCCGUAACAACAUGGGCCGCUGGCGGCGCAUGCUCGGCCCUAUUCAUCCUGCCCCUGGCCGAGGACUUUGGUACACGGCCUGUCUUUCUCACGACAUAUGUCCUCUUCCUCUGCUUCCUUGUCCCGCAAGCUGUAGCGCAUAACUUUGCUACAUUGGUGGUUACGCGGUUUUUCGCAGGAGGCUGCGUCGCCAUCCUGGCCAACACGGCCGCCGGGGUCGUUGGGAACGUCUGGGAGACCGAGUGGGCCAGAUCCAUUCCUGUCAGUUUGUACAUCGUCGGCUACAUGGCGGGAAGCAGCGCAGGCCCCGUUGUUGGAGCGGUGAUCUUCCAGUUCCUCUCCUGGAGAUGGAUCGGCUACAUGCAGCUCCUCUGGUUCGGCGCGUUGUUUCCAGUCUAUUAUUUCUUCUUCUACGAGUCGCGCGCGGACGUCAUCCUCGCACGGAGACCCAUGGGUAAAGAGGAUACCGAGAAACGAACGGGACACUCAUCCUCAUUGAGCCUCCAAAGUCUCGUCACCAGCGCAACACGUCCGGUAGCCUUAUUCUGCACCGAACCCGUCCUCUUCGUCUCGACGCUUUGGUCCUCCUUCACAGUCGGAACCCUCUUCCUCUUUACGCAAUCCGUCGAACAAGUCUUUAUGGAGCUUUACGACUGGUCUGUCGAAGCAACCGGCUACGUUCAGGCCGCAGUCGUCAUCGGCGAGGUCCUAGGCUGGACGCUGAACCUUUUAUCGCGAAAACUCUACUUCGCAUCCGCCUCCCGAAACACCGAGGUGCCCGGAUCGCCCAUCCCAGAGGCAAGACUCUACAUGGCAGUCGUGGGCGGCGUCCUGGGUAUCUCGGGUGGGAUGUUCAUAUACGCCUGGACAUCAUACCCAGACAUCCCCUGGAUCGCGCCAGCGAUAAGUCUCGCCAUGGUCGGAGCGGGAAGUGUGCUCGUCGUAACGGGUGUUUCAGACUACGUCGUCGACGCAUACAGUACAUACGCAGGCAGCGCGAUUGGAGCCGUCGCGACGGGCGAGAAUCUCUUCUCGGCGUUCCUGCCUCUCGCGACGAUGAGCAUGUACAGAACCCUGGGGUUGAAUUGGGCGAGUACGCUGCUGGGGUUUGUCUCGUUGGUGCUGGCUUUGCUGCCGACGCUGAUGUUUGUUUGGGGGAGGGAGGUGAGGGCGCGGAGUACGUUUAUGCAGCGGGGGAAGGAGGAUAGUAUGAGGAAGGCGUUGGGUAAUAUUUAG